AUGGCUCCCUUUUUGCCCUUGCUCGCCCUUUUUGCGUCAGUCGCUCAUGCCUCCUUCCUCGGGUUGGAACGACGAGCUCCUGCGAACAUAACCUGGGAAAGAUGCCCCAAUACGAAUAGCAGCUCUAGGUUGGAGUGCGCUACUGCUCAAGUCCCGUUGGAUUGGAAUGAUACAAGCAAAGGAGAUAUACCCCUCUCACUCAUUCGUCUUCCCGCCCAGAACAACACGCGGGAAGGGUACAUGUUCUUCAACCCAGGUGGUCCAGGCAUUCCUGGAACACAUGCGCUUAUCGCAUACGGGGAAUUUUUUCAAGCUAAGCUCGGAGCUGGUUGGGAUAUUGUCAGCUGGGACACACGCGGCCUUUUGCAGUCUGGUCCCAAUAUUACCGUUUUCGCCAACGACACGGACUAUGACGCCUACUGGACACAAUAUCAAGGGCUCGGAAAGCUCAGUGCACGUGGAAACCUGACUCAGUCCGCAGAUGUCGACUUCUUCAUGUCUCAAGUGUCAGCCUUCGAUAAUUUGACAAUGACUCUCAAUCAGAAAAUGGUAGAGAAGAACGGAGACAAGCUCAAAUACAUUGGGACGUGCGCAAAUGUGCGAGAUCUCGUAUACCUCGUCGACUCUAUGUACGGAGAGGGCUCAGAUGUCAAUUUCUGGGGUCUCAGCUACGGUACAGUCAUCGGGACAUACCUCACCCAAAUGUUCCCCGAACGUGUCGGGCGAGUUAUUCUGGAUGGCGUCUAUGAUCCCGAGAAAUAUGCGAAUCUGCCGCCUCUGAAAUGGUUCGACAUCGAUCCAUUGACCCGGGACAAAGCUCUGUUGAUGUGGGCUCAGGCUUGUGCUGCCGGUCAAAAUUGUACGGCAUCCCAGGCCAUGCCAAAUGCGACAGCAGAGGCACUGUUGGCACAGAUUGAGGUUGUCCUCGAUACGGCCCAUAGGAAUUACAACGGCUUUGCAUGGACGGACGCAUCACAGAAAAACGAGACCGCGUUGAUGGAUCCUAACAGUUACUCUUGGGAAAUAAUCGCCGCGAGUAUUUUUAGUGCUCUUUAUGACCCCGUCUCAUGGGGAGCCAUUGCGGACGGACUCCCCCAGAUUGCAGCACUUCAGCAAAAUCGGACGGCAAAGGCAAAGUUUACCGGCUUUCCGCUUCUAUCCGCACCCCGGUAUGGUGAGGUUAGCGAGGAUAGAUUGGAUAUGGUCACGAUUGCGAUCUACUGUAGUGAUACCGUCGAUCCAGCAGGCGAAACUACAGAGGAUCUCUUCAAGGCGUAUGUCCACGCCUCUCAAAACAUCUCAACACUUGCUGGGGCAGUUAUCAGCGCGAACAUGCGGAGUCAUUGCCAUAGGUAUACGUCCAGAGCUGUCGAAAGACUGCCGCAGAAGAUGAACAAGAAACCGAAGAAUGUCGUAUUAGUCAUUGGAAACUCUGGUGAUCACAUCACACCUUUCCAAAGCGCUCGUCGACUUGCUUCGUCAGAGUUCCUUGGUGCCCAAGCUCGGCUUUUGCAAUUCAAUGCACCCGGUCAUGGAUCUCACAUCUUCGCCUCGACUUGUGCUGACGACGUUGUUCGCAAAUUUAUUCGAGGGACACCGCCAGCGGACUCUGGAAACGACGAAGCCGACGUUAUUUGCGACGUAGACAUAACACCAUACGGACCCGUUCCAGAGGCUUGGAAGGAUCGAAGCGACGACACCCAAACUGACGAUGCAAUGCGGCUCUUGGCCCAACGCUUCUAUUAUUACCUUCUCCUACUCCCUCUCCUCAUUUUUAUUUGA